AUGGAGGGGUCAUCCGUCGCUCCCCCUGUUGCCGCGGUCAUCAGGAAACAGCCUCCGCCAGAGAAAGCCGAAGCCAUCAACCUGCGGACCAAGAUAGUGCUGUCCUUCUGGGCUGUCAUAGUUUUGCUAGGUAUUCCGACAUGGUUGAGGACGACAUCAAUCUAUCGCGCGAGCCUUCCACUACAAGAUAUGCUCGACUGGGCGGACGGACAGAAUACCCCCGCCGCGAUUCCCUUGGACGUCUGGGUUUCGGCACCAGCUCUGCCCUGCUUGGAGGUCCAGACGAUUGUACGAGACACACAACAAGCCUUGGACGACCUCACCAAGUAUCCCACCUUCCACCCAAAGCUUCACCUCGUGGACCUGCAGGAACGUGGAGGUAACGGAGGGGGAAAGAGCUGCGGCGAGGAUCUCACAAAUCUGAAUCUUGGGGAACCUGCACUGAAACUAUAUCUUGAGCCAACAUCUGAUAGCUUUGCGUUCAGUCUGAGCGCCGUCGCCGCGGAAGCUCGAGCUCGCAUACCUCCUAAUGCAGGGCCUAGUCACGCCAAAGAUUUGGCCGAAGCCAUUUAUGGCCUCUUCAGGGAGGAACAGAUUGCUGCAGCGCUGCAGACCGUCUCGCUUGCUAGCCACAGCCAGAAUGCUCAGGCAUUUCUGCAAUCACAGCCCUACGACAUGGUUUCUGGGAUUGAGAAGCAGAUCAACCGCGCUUACAAGUCGUCUCCCGAAUUCCACCUGACCUUUUCCCUUCUGACAGCCAGUGGCGCUCCUUCCAGUUGGGAUAUACAGCAUGCGCUUCAAGAGCACGUCCAUCCGCUUGUGCACGCACUGUCAGCCGUUGCCGAUUUUGAGGUCACCACACAGGUGCAGCUAUAUGCGACUCUUCCACCCACCGUACAGCCUCAUCACAUAGAAGGCCAGAACGGAACGUACCUACAUCAAAAUGACUUGACGGCGUUUGUGAAUGCUGCAGAGUGGCCCCUCGCCCCGUCACUUGGAGAUGGACCUACACUCAACUUCAUUCUCUACAUCCCAGCUAAGGAUCAGAUACCACUGUCGAUUGAAGAUAGCAAGGAGCUCUCAUGGGUCAUCCCUCAGUGGGGUGGUAUCCAGAUUCUUAACCCGCCAUUGUAUCCGCAUCCUGUUCACGGUACUCCAAUGCUUUCAGAGCAUUUGGACAAAGACCUGCUGCGCCGGCCUUUUGAAAAGUUUGCCUCGCAACUGCUGUCACUUCUGGGCGUCUUGCAAUCCGAUCACGACGCGAAAGGCAAGCCUUUGCAAUUGCGGCUUGAUGCUUACAAAAGGCACUCGGCCUUGACUCUCCACCUCAAAGCAGGAUCCAGUCUGGGAUCGCUUGCCCGCCUUGCUCAAAGGUUGAGCAACAUCCCCAUCCCGAGGAACGUUGCUCAACUGGUUGACGACGCGAUUUCCCAUCUUUCCGCCUCGUGUCGCGCGUUCUUGGGGAGCAGGUGGACUGAAGCUCUGGCCCACGCCAAAGUAGCAUUUAGAGACAGCGAAAAGGCAUUCUUUGACAAGUCGAUGGUUGGUCAGGUCUAUUUUCCCGACGAGCACAAGGUUGCUGUUUAUCUGCCUCUCCUAGGCCCGGUGGGGGUCCCUCUGAUCAUUGGUCUUCUGAGAGAGGUCAAACGUUUCGUUUCGAGCAAGCAAGCAGGAAGAGCAUGA